CCCAAACUUCAAGUUGGACGCGUGAAUUGUGCGGACGGUCGAGGCGGAUGAUUGCGUGCGGUUUUGCGGUUGCGGUGCGGUACGGUGGUGAUAUACUCGUAAUAAAAAUUAAUCCGUUUGGGGAAUUCGAAAAAAUGACUGCUGCCUGCUGCUGGAGACACAAAAGCUUCAAUUAACAAUUAAAGAGAAGCCGCAUCAUCGCGACGAUCCCAACAUCAUCCGCAUCAUCAUCGUCCCAACCCUCCGACGAUUGUAAUCCCUUGAAGACAUGGAGGAGGACGUGUUGAAUGCCCUGCAGACGCGCAGUGCCUAUCUAUCCGGCGGCUUUGAUCGCCAGAAGCGCAUCAUAUUCGUUGUGAAUGCCUUCAACGAUCUACAACUGUGGAAUCGCCGCUAUCUCCAGCUGACGCUCGACUAUCUCAAGCGUUCGCUCAGCGCUUCGGUGUUGCAGAAUGGAGUCAGCGUGAUCGUGAAUGCCCAGGAGAGCAGCAGUCGGAUCAGCCGCCAGCAGGUGCGUCAGAUCUACAACCUCUUUGGGGGCGACAUCAGUGUGGAUCUGUAUCUAGUCAGGGCGGAGGGCUUCUGGGAGAAGCAUGUGGAGCCAUGCGCCAAAUCGCAGACAAAAGGAGAGCCUUUGGUGCUGUCCAAAUCGCGUCUGGCAAAAUUCAUUGAUCCGCACAAUCUGCCCGAGGAACUGGGCGGCACACUGCAAUUCAACUACGAUCUGUGGCUGCAACAGCGCAAGUCCAUUGAUGAAUUCACCAAAUCGCAUGUGCAGACUUUGGGUGCCAUGGAACAGCUGCUGACUUUGCUGCGGGGCAACAAGGCGAUGCGACCAACGGAAGCGGAUGUGGAGCUCAAGAAGUGCGCCCAAUUGCAUGCCCGCGUCCAAAGCAGCAUCGAGGCAGCCAUUGACAUGGGUAACGCGAUCUUGGCGCGCUUCAACGAGGUCUACGAGCCGCAGUCCACAGUGCCACAAGCGGCCGCACCUGUUGCACUCGAGACCCCAGCCACAGCCACUACAGCGCCUCCGCCUGCGCAGAGAGGUCCCCCGCUGCCACCGGAUCUGUGCUGCGAGCGGACCCGCAUCGAGCUGCGACUCAACGAAAUCGAGAAGAAGCAGACGGCGAUACGCACCGCCUGGCUGGAGCUGCUGCGCUCACUGCGUGAGGCACGUGAACGGGGUACGCUCGAGGAGGGUGUGGCCUUCGUCACGAAUUGGAUCCUGCAGCAGGCGGAGCAGCUGCUCGGUCGCCAACGGAGUGUGGGUGGGGAUGUGCGGGUGUGCGAGAACCUUCGCGCCGCCCACGAUCAGCUGGAGCUCGAGUGCCGCGACACCUACGGCUGCUAUGCAGAGCUGCUGUACAAGAUCGAGCGGUUCUCCAGGGAUCGGCCGAGCGAUCAGGUGCAGGACCUGCUCUCGCAACGCGACUUCAUGCAGUUUGUGUGCCGCUCCUUUGCCAAGCGACUGGAGCGCAGAAGGAACAUCCUGAUGACAGCGCUGAGGUACCACCGCCUGCUGGAACACUUCGAGGAGCUGCUGACCACCGGCAACCAUGUGGUGGAGGUGGACAGCCGCUGCCUAGAGUGGCACGAAGCGGAUCAGCUGCUCCUGCAGCUGAAAACGAACCAAAACAUGUUGGGCAACAUCGAACGCGAACUUGUGCGCGAGGGCGAGAAGCUCAGCGACAUGCUGGCCAUGCCAGUGAAAGACGCCCUGGGCCGUGACCUCCAGCUGGACUACAGCCUCGAUAUUGCCCGACUGCGACGCCAACUCGACGCCAGCCGCAGCAGACGUCAGGUGUGCGGACAGCAACUGGCGCUGCAGCGGCUCACCUUGGAGCAGGUGACCCACAUCCAUGCGUACGAGGAGGACGCGCGACGGGCUCGAGACUGGCUGGGCGAGCUCUAUGCGGUCUUGUUGCGGUGUCACUCCCAUGUCGGCUGCAACAUACACGAGAUCCAGCUGCAGAAGGACGAGCUGCAGGGGUUCGAGGAAACCGGUCGAAGCAUCUACAACUAUGGCUGCCAAUUGGUGGAGGCCUCCCAGACGUUGCGUCUGUGCUGCAAACUGGAACGCAGUGCCACUACAACCACAAACGAGGCUGAGCCUGAGCCCGAGCCCGAGCCCGAGACCAAGCACAUCGCCCACCAGCUGCAGCACACCUGGCACAGCCUGCAGUCGAUUGCCCAGGAGCAGAUGACCCGCCUGCGCGUCUCGGCCGUAUUCCAUCGCAGCGUCGAGGCCUACUACCGCCAGCUGCGGGAACUCCGACCGCUGCUGACGAAGGAACUUGCAGCGCAGCUGCAGCAGCAGCAGCGGCAGCAGCACAACCGCAGCAGCAGCGGGAUCAGCAGCGAUGCCGAGGCCGAGACGGAGGCGGAACUGUCGCCGGUCGGCGCCUCGUUGGGGGAGCUGCCGGCGCGGCUACAGCGUCACCUGCUGGCCAGGGAGCAGCUGCUGGUGGAAGUAGGGCGCAUGGUGCGGCUGGGUAGGCUGCUGAAGAAGCGACUGAAGGAGCCGUUUGUCUUGGAUGCCCUCACGGGCAAAAGUGUGGUGGCCGAUGAACUGCCGCUGGACAGCAGCCCCAGUCCCCUUAUGCACGACAGCGGACGGACCAGCAGUGCCAGUGGCAGCGAAGUGCCCGGGGAAUUGUCGCCGGCAGCCACUUUGAGGAUCGUGCCCACAGGGAGCAAUGAGCUGGCCUGCGCUGCCAUCUCCCACAAGCUGGGGGCCAUUGCCGAGGUGGCCGAGUCCCUGGAUGCCGUCAUACGGGAUGUUCAGCAGCAGCAGCAGGAAGUUGGCGCUGGCCCCGCUGGCAUGUCCAUCACGAACGGCGGCAGUGGCGGAGGACAUGGCCACAAGAAAUUGGCCAGCAUUGAGGACUGGCAAUCGCGUUCCACGGAGGAUGAAUCCUUUGCCACCGCCUCCGAGGGCAACUUUACACCCAAUUCGCAUUCGUCCUCGUUCCAAACGGCCUCCUACAUAGGCUCCGCCAAGAACUCCUUCGAUGAGGCUGACGAUUCCACGCUGAGCACCUUUGAGAUACCCGAACUGCCGCCAUCGCCAGUGAACAUGUCCUUUGACAGCUCCGAAUUGAGUUACUUCUCCGCCCAUCAGCAGCAGCAGCAGCAGCAAACCCUCAAGUGCGAUGAUCAGGAUAGUGUGGUGGGUGUGGCCGAGUUGCAUAGCCAGAGUGUCACACCCACGCCGGAUGAGGACCAGCAGCAGCAGCAACAGCAACAGCAACAGCAGCAGGAGUUUCUGCUGCCACUGCCACUGCCGCAAGCCAUCGAAUCGGACAGCGAAAUGGAGGGCUUUAGCCUGGCCACAGGCAUCACCACCGAGCUGGCUCCACGCUCAUCCACUGCCCACACGCCGGAGGUGAGUGCCACGAGGUUUGCAUCCUCCACUGCUUCAGCUUCAGCUGCUGCAGCCGCUUCUGCUUUCGAUCCAGAUGCCACUAAUCCCAACGAACCGAAACCACCAGCUUCCUGGCGGCGCAGUAAAUACUACGAGAAUAUAACGAAGCAAACGAUCAAGGGAUUCCUCUGAUCCUACCCCAGUCUGUCCCACCAAUUAAUACGCGCCAUUUGCUGCCCAAAAAAAAAAAAAAAAUGAAAUGCUUGCCAUUAAUUACGACAAAAAUUAGUUGGCGUCUCUUAUUUAUGAUGAUUGUUUCCCCACUCUCUCUCGCUCUCGCUCUCUCUUUCUCUUUCUAAGUUUAUUUUUGCUCAUGAGCUAAAAUGCGGUUUUCCCUUUCGUUUCGUUUGUUUUUCCCAUUUUUUCUUUGCAUGAGUUUUCCUUUUGUUUCUUGUAUUUAUUUAUUAUUUUAGUUGAAUUUUAGUUUAAGGCUUUGGC